AAUUUUUUCAAUCGAUAUUCCGUAGUUCAUUAUGUCACUUAAAAACAUAGUAGGACUAAAAAUUAUGAAUGAUGUCAUUAGUGCCCAACAUAAAAAAGGUGAAUGGAAAGUAUUAGUAGUUGAUCAUCUAAGUAUGAGAAUACUUUCUUCUUGUUGCAAAAUGCAAGAUAUAUCUGAAGAAGGAAUCACAGUUGUUGAAAGUAUAGAUAAGCAAAGGGAACCGUUACCAAUGCUAGAAGCUAUAUACCUCAUAACCCCGACUGAGAAGUCUGUUUCCGUUCUCAUCAGGGAUUUCGAUAAUCCACUUCAUUACAUGUACAAAGGCGCCCAUGUUUAUUUUACUGAAGCCUGCCCAGACGAACUCUUCAAUACCCUCUGCAAAUCGGGCAUAGGCAAAAUGAUUAAAACCCUCAAAGAGAUCAAUAUAGCUUUCCUCCCUUACGAAGCUCAGGUUUAUUCUUUGGAUUGUCGAGAGGCCUUUCAAUAUUUUUACAACACUCAUCGGAACGCAGGUCGACUCGCCCAUUUGGAAAGGGUUGCCGAACAGCUGGCUACUUUGUGUUCGACCCUAGGAGAAUACCCUAUGCUCAGAUAUAGAAGCGGGCUAGAUCGCAACGUAGAACUGGUGCAGCUAAUGCAACAAAAGUUGGACGCGUACAAAGCCGACGACCCUAGCAUGGGUGAGGGUCCGGACAAGGCCCGGUCGCUUCUGCUUGUCCUGGACCGCGGGUUCGAUCCCAUUUCCCCCUUGCUACACGAGCUCACGUUCCAGGCCAUGGCGGAAGACCUGCUCGACAUCAAGAACGACGUUUACAAGGCCGUGACCAAACAACUAAAAAAAUUCGCCGAAAAUAAGAGGCUCACCAACUCUUCAUCGUCCACUUCCGCCGGCGGGGCCAAUGCCGGCGCAUUAGCGCCUUCUAGCGACAAAGCCACCCUCCGCGAUCUUACCCACAUGCUUAAACGUAUGCCCCAGUACCAGAAGGAACUCUCCAAAUACGCGACGCAACUUCAUUUAGCCGAAGAUUGCAUGAGGACUUACCAAGGGAGAACUGAUAAGCUUUGCAGGGUCGAGCAGGAUUUAGCUAUGGGAACGGAUGCCGAAGGCGAAAAAAUUAAAGAUCACAUGAAAAACAUAGUGCCCAUCUUGCUCGACCAAAACGUGGCUGUCAAUGACAAAAUUCGAAUAAUCUCCCUCUACAUUAUCAAUAAAAACGGUAUAUCGGAAGAAAACUUAGCCAAAUUGAUCCAACACGCCCAAGUGCCCAUUAGCGAGAAAAGCCUUAUAGUCAACAUGCAACUGCUCGGCGUUCCUAUAAUUCAAAAUGGUACCAAGAAAAAAAUGUGGACUUACCCAAGAAAGGAACGAAUAAACGAAAACACCUAUCAAAUGUCCAGAUGGACACCUAUCGUUAAGGAUAUCAUGGAAGAUUCUAUAGAAGAUAAAUUGGACAUGAAAACGUUCCCGUACUUCGGGAUCAGAAAUCCCACUUCGUACGGCAGAAGCGUUCCUACUAGCGCCAGAUACGGGCAUUGGCACAAGGAGAAAGGUAUAGCCACUUUCAAAUCCGUUCCGCGCCUCAUCAUAUUCAUAAUGGGCGGAGUCACGUUCUCCGAAAUGCGAUCAGCGUACGAAGUUACCCAGUCCUACAAAAAUUGGGAAGUCAUCAUAGGUUCGACCCACAUCAUAACGCCUGAAAUGUUCCUGCAAGAUCUCAAAGACUUGAGCAAUUAACAUCAAUUAUAGCCGUUUUCAAAACAACUCGAAAUUAACAAAAUUUAUUACAUUCCUUUUUAUAAAUAAUUUUUGAAAAUAUUUUAUUAAUAUAGAUUGGUUUUCUUUUUUAAAAAAAAAGUUAAAUAUUUUCGACAGCCUAUUUAAGUGUAUUAUAAUAAGCAAGCUUCCAUAUUUUAAAAUAAAUAAAUUAUUUAUUUCUUAAAUUAAUCAAUUUAAAUAGAUAUUAAAAUACAUUAUACAUAAUAAUAUCAUUAGAAUAUCAUUGUGGGUCCAUAUGUUUUUGUAUAAUAACCUUAGGAUCAAGUCUUAGUUUUGUAGCAAUUUUUAUUUUCCCCAAUAAGUCAAAUCACAUAUAUUCUUUGUAUAUUUUUUUUUAUUGUAUACGUUAUAUUUAGCAUCUUUAAAGUUUUGAUUUUAUAAUUAUUAUGUUAUUAUACUAAAGUGAAAAUUGUGUUUUUACU